CUUUUCUUUCUCUCUGUUCCAGGUUCUCUGGGAGAUGCUAACAAGGGAGGUCCCCUUUAAAGGCUUGGAAGGAUUACAAGUAGCUUGGCUUGUAGUGGAAAAAAACGAGAGAUUAACCAUUCCAAGCAGUUGUCCCAGAAGUUUUGCAGAACUGAUGCAUCAAUGUUGGGAAGCUGACUCAAAGAAAAGGCCAUCUUUCAAGCAGAUAAUUUCAAUUCUGGAAUCCAUGUCAAACGACAGCAACCUUCCAGACCAGUGCAAUUCAUUCCUGCAUAACAAGGCGGAAUGGAGGUAAGCUUCCUGCCUCACAGGAUGAAA